AUGGCUGCGCUGGGAAUGCUAGCGGUGCCCUGCGUGUUGCUGGGCACUGGCGGCGCCGCACGCGCUAUCGGCAGCCUCGGUUUGCUGCAAAAUGACCUUUUGGCAGACAUUUCGGCCAUCGCCACGGAAGUCUUGGCGAACGUUCAGACCGUCAAAGCCAACGCAGCAGAAGAUAUGGAAGUGCAGCGCUACAGCGCCUGCCAAGACGCCUCUCUGCGGGUGCUGCGGGAAGGAGUUAUUGCAGAGUCUUUCUUCAAGCAGGCGAAGCAAAUGCUGCUGCUCACCACGGACUUGGGGCUUUUGGCUUUCGGCAUGCGGUCAGUGGUCAAGGGGAACUUGACCAUUGGUCGCUUUAUGUCUUUCCGCAGUUAUUUGCGGAAGUUCUAUUUGGCAUUAGACGCCCUCACGGACAUCUACAAAGACACCCGCUUUUCGCUGACAGCCUCCAAGCGCUACUUCGAUCUCAUAGACAGAAAGCCAACUGUUGUUUCGAAAAAACUGCAACAAGAAACCCAAAAGCCCACGGGGGGGGGCCCUCCAGAGUCCCAGGGGGCCCUACAGGGGCCCCCAGACCAGGCAGAGGGCCGGCAAGGGGAGGCCAGGGGCCCCGCACUUGUAGAGUUCAGGAACGUUAGCUUCGCUUAUGCUCCAACUUCAGCAGCAGCAACAGCUGCAGCAGCUGCAGCAACUGGAGACGGGAAAGCAGAAGCAGGGGGAAGCCUUGGAGGCCCUCAGAUCCUGAAGAACCUUUCUCUACGGGUGCCCCGCGGGGAAGUGCUGGCCCUUGUGGGCCCCUCCGGCGCGGGCAAAUCGACUCUUGUCAAACUGGCGCAGCGCUUCUAUGAUCCGCAGGUAGGGAAGCAAAUGCAGCACGAGCAGCAGCAGCAACGUGAGCAGCAGCAGCAUCAGAAGCAGCAGCAGCAUGAGCCGCAGCAGCCGCAACAGCUUCCGCAGCAGUACCAGCCUCCAACUUGCGAACCGCUGCCAGCAGCAUUACCUGCAUCGUAA